CAUUUGAUUUUACUUUCUGCACUCAACACUGCUCCUCUCUGCUGACUGAAACAGAUAGGAGCCAUGGCUUUGGAAGACAACCAGUCAACAGAUUACUAUUAUGAGGAAAAUGAACUGAAUGGCACUCAUGACUACAGCCAGUAUGAAAUGAUAUGUAUUAAAGAAGAAGUCAGAAGAUUUGCAAAAGUUUUUCUCCCUGUCUUCCUCACAAUAGCUUUCAUCAUUGGACUUGCAGGCAAUUCCAUAGUAGUGGCAAUUUAUGCCUAUUACAAGAAACUGAGAACCAAAACAGAUGUGUACAUCCUGAAUUUGGCUGUGGCAGAUUUACUCCUUCUAUUCACUUUGCCUUUUUGGGCAGUUAAUGCAGUUCAUGGGUGGGUUUUAGGGAAAAUGAUGUGUAAAGUCACUUCAGCCUUAUACACAGUAAACUUUGUCUCUGGAAUGCAGUUUCUGGCUUGUAUUAGCAUAGACAGAUAUUUGGCAGUAACUAAAGCCCCCAGUCAAUCAGGAGUGGGAAAACCAUGUUGGAUCAUCUGUUUCUGUGUCUGGAUGGCUACCAUCUUGCUGAGUAUACCCCAGCUGGUUUUUUAUACAGUAAACGACAAUGCUAGGUGCAUUCCCAUCUUUCCCCACCACCUGGGAACAUCAAUGAAAGCAUCUAUUCAAAUGCUAGAAAUCUGUAUCGGAUUUGUAGUACCCUUCCUUAUUAUGGGGGUGUGCUACUUUAUCACAGCAAGGACACUCAUCAAGACGCCAAAUAUUAAAAAGUCUCGACCCCUCAAAGUCCUGCUCACAGUGGUUAUAGUCUUCAUUGUCACUCAGCUGCCUUAUAACAUUGUCAAGUUCUGCCGAGCCAUAGACAUCAUCUACUCGCUGAUCACUGACUGUGACAUGAGCAAACGCAUGGACGUGGCCAUCCAAAUCACAGAAAGCAUCGCUCUCUUUCACAGCUGCCUCAAUCCAGUCCUUUAUGUUUUUAUGGGAGCCUCUUUUAAAAACUACAUUAUGAAAGUGGCCAAGAAAUAUGGGUCGUGGAGGAGACAGAGACAAAAUGUGGAGGAGAUUCCUUUUGAUUCUGAGGGUCCUACAGAGCCAACAAGUACUUUUAGCAUUUAAAUAUAAAACUGCUCGGCCUUUUGCUUGGAUACACAUGAAUGAUGCUUCUUCCUCAGAUAAAACAUCUGCGUUAUUCUGAAACUCAAAUCUCAAACACUGUGCUCGUAACUUAUAACAAAGAGGGGGUUGGGAGAGGGGGAGGAUGGAAGCCAACAAGAAGAGGAAAUGAAAUACUAGCUGUACAAAACAAGAAAAUUAAUAUUAACAAUACAGGAAAAUAGUAAUAGGCAUAAAUCGAUAAAACACUGUUUUAUAAAGAAGAAGAUCUUUGUGUUCAUGGGAUGGUUUUGUAUCUUGAUUGUGUAGUGGUUACACAAAUCUACACAUGUGAUAAAAUGACAUAGAACUAUAUACAUGUAUUGUACCAAUUUCAGUUUUCUGGUUUUGAUAUUAUACUAUAAUUAUGUAAGAUGGAACCAUUGGGGAAAACUGGAUAAAAGGUACCUGGGAUCACUCUGUACUAUCU